AUGUUUAUAGUAAUAAUAAUAUUUCUUCUUUUAGGAUCGAUUGAACGUGCAUCAUCAAUUCAAUGUUUUACAUGUAUUGAAUCAGGUUUCUAUUGUUCUUUACCAUUCGAUCUUGAUGCUGGUGAUGAAAGUAAUGAAAAUAAUGUUGCUAUUUUUGGUUAUGAUGCUGAUUAUGCUUGUCUAAGUGAUCAUUCUUUAGAUGUAAGAACAGGUCAAGAAAAAUUAAUUUUACGUGGAUCUAAAGAUUGUAAUGAAUUAAAUAUACCAAAUCAUCGUAUUCAUUGUUGUUAUACAGAUAAUUGUAAUAAACAAUUACCAAUAAUGAUAAUUCAUUCAUUAGCAGAUAUUGUGGCAAUGGAACCAAGAUCUAAAUCAAAUAAUCAAUGUUAUAUAUCAUCAAUAAUACUCAUUAUUUUAAAUAUCGUUUUUUUAAUAUUUUUCAUUACAAUAAAUACCAAUUAA